AAGGCCAUGACAGCAGGCGGCAGCGACCUUUCGUUGAAGCAAAAGUUUCACCGGGAACUGUUUUUCUAUUCCGGUGUCCUCACCUCGGAGUGUAUUGUAAAGAGAAAUCUGACGGUGGAAAUCGGGAAUUCGGGAAUUCGGGACCUGGAAGCAGUGAACUGGUGCUGUAAUCGAGCCGUUUCAUAUAAUCCAGUUAUCAUAGUGGAAAUGGCUUCGAGCUGUGUCACCCCUGCAUCUUCACCAUUUCAACAGACGCCUCUUUGCCACCGUUCUCCGCGUUUUCCGCCGUUCUCCUUUCAGCAGAAGGUGAAUCUCAACAUCGGACCAUUACCACUCAAGAGGCGCUUGAAAUAUCUACCCGCCGCCCAUUUGCGCGCCUCCUGUUUACGCGACUCCAAAGCUGCAAUAGUGACUGGUAAGUCAUGGGACAAACUAGUUUUGGCUAGCGAUACGCCUGUACUGGUAGAGUUUUAUGCUAGUUGGUGUGGGCCCUGCCAGAUGGUCCAUAGGGUGGUUGAUGAGAUCGCAGCCGAUUAUUCGGGUAGGAUAAAAUGCUUGGUACUCCAUGCAGACAAGGACGUGCAAAUAGCUGAGAAUUAUGACAUCAAAGCGGUUCCGGUGGUGCUGCUGUUCAAUAACAAGGGAGAGAAGUGUGAUUCUGUCAUUGGUACCAUGCCCAAGGAGUUCUAUGUUGCCGCCAUUGAGAGGCUCUUACUCAACACAGCUCAUUAAAAACUGUCUGUCAUAGAAUGGUUUUUAUACUUUUCUAGAGCUUGUUUCAAAAAAAAAAAACUUUUCUAGAGCUCUGUAAAUGGUCGGUCUUUCAUUUUGCUCUCGUGACUUGCGAGUUGCAGCUAAAUAAGAUUGGUAGGCUUUUUAGUUUCCCACUUUCUUGGAACUUGGUAGAUGGUAUUGGGACAGCAUACAUACGGAGUAUUAGGCAAAAGACUGAAGCAUGCUGAAUCUUAGAUAUGGCAAUAAGAUGUACGGAGGCACCUGAAAGUGUGUGUUAUAUACACGUGGAUUGCUGAAAAGGAGCCACCAAACAAUGCACAGAAAACUAAUUGUUGGAAUCUUUCUGCGCUUACAAGAAACAUCUAUUGAUUCUCAUAUUCUUCUAUAUGUAUUAUGUUUCGACGGACUGACGGAGUAUUACUAGUAUUUAUUUAUUUCUUUAUUUUAAUUGAUAUCUUCAAUCCUCAAUUCCUAA